CCGUACCCGUGGAAACUCUCUAUACGCGGAUGUUUUGAAGAAUCAAUUUCAAGUCCGGGUUCUGGGGGUCGCUGUUCGCUGCAUCUGGAAUCUCCAUCAACCGCCCCAGUGUCCACGUGACGCAGCGACUCAAGGCCAUUUUCACACCCCAUUGGUGUGCUUGUCAUGUGGUCGCGAGGAGGUAGCCCACUUUACGCAAGGAUUGUUAUGUCUCAAACAUGUCAGCUAAUACAAAGGACGUCUAUCUAUUCUCUUUGAAAUCGUUCCAAAAUGUCUUAUUCCAACAGUUCACCGGCUGCAAGUACGUUCUUGGUAGACUCCUUGAUCAGUGCGUGCAGGGCAGACAGUUUGUACUCCAACAGCAUGUACAUGUCUCCAGGUACCGACACGGGAGGAUAUGGGAUGGCGAGCUGCGGCGUGGUGCCCUCCCUGGCUCGGAGAGGGGAGGUGGGUCAUCUCAGCACAAGCAUGGCCGUCCACUCCUCCUACCUCCCCCCCUAUGAGAGCUGGCCGGACCAUGGCAGGACUGGCAGGUUCGAGCAGCACUCCUUCCCCCCCUGCAUCAAAGAGGAGAGUGAGUGCUGCAUGUACUCCGACAGGAGUGGGCAGCUCGGUUCGCCUCCGCCCCGGCUUUCCUCGUCUUACUCCGGCCUCAUCUCAGAUUCCUGCCCGGUCGAGAGCCCUGAGAUCCCGAUCCCGGGGUACUUUAGACUCAGCCAAACAUACUCGUCCGGUAAAAACCAAGACUACGGUGAUCAGGCGAGCAUCGAAAGUCUCAUGCAGCUCAACGGAGCAGCCCCAAAGUCCAACGCGCAGAAGUCUGCUCCUGUUGAGGUGGAAAAACAAACGGGCGAAGCUCCAUUUACCCGAGAACGGGAGGUCACAGGUGCCGCCGGUGCCAACCCGGACCAGCAGACCAGCCCACAGGAGGACCAGAGCUCCUCGUCCGAUGCCUCCGCAGCUAGCCCGGACCUGCCUGUGAGAGAAGCGGGAGAAGCUAAAAGCGAUGCUCCCACCAGUAACUGGUUAACAGCGCGGAGCGGCAGGAAGAAGCGGUGCCCCUAUACCAAGCACCAGACUCUAGAGCUGGAGAAGGAAUUCCUCUUCAAUAUGUACCUGACCCGGGAGCGGCGUCUAGAGAUCAGCCAUAGCGUCAACCUGACGGACAGACAGGUAAAAAUCUGGUUCCAAAACCGAAGGAUGAAGCUAAAGAAGCUGAGCCGGGAGACUCGGGAGAACCGGGCUCGGGACCUUACUUCAAGCCUUACCUUCUCCUGAGAUCUGCUGCUGGUCAAAACCCUCAUCUCCUCUUCGGCUACUCCGGGCCGCUGGAGCCUGAGGACCGGGCUCUGUUGCUUCCUUGACCUCAUACUCAGUGUAACAUCCAAGUUGCUGUACAGCCAUUAUCACUUGUAGGCCUUCCCUGUUCUCAUAUGCCUACAAUGGACUGGUGCGUCAUUACUACACAUCGUAAAGACAGAAUGAGAGUAUUUGGGCCUUUAGCAUUUGUUAUAUCUAAAAACGACAACAACAACGAGACAUGAAUAAAACAUAAUUCGUUUUGCUGUGCGUAAAAGACUAUGGUUUCAGACUAUUAAGUAGGGAUCAGUGUUAAUAGGGUUUUUUUAAUAUUCGUGAUGUAGUCGUUUGUAACUGAUAUGUAGCCUACGUAGGCCCUAUUUAUUGUUUACGCCAAAUCACAAAUGAAUGUAUCUUUGCUGCAUGGUCUGUGGCUUGUAUUCCAUUAAAUAGAUUCACAAUAUUACUGACCAAAUGAAUGUUCCCAAAGCUUUGUUUUCUUGAUUCAAUGCAAUCCUUUGUCCUCAGCAAUAUUUCACGAGUGUAGAAUAGGCCUAUCCAAAACAAGCUGCCUCAAAUACGCAUUGAGCUUAACUUUAGAUUUCAUUUUGUUGCGCGCAGACAACGAUAUACCCACACAUCUUGGCAUGCAGCCAAUAUAUAUAUUUGGAAAUAUUUAAAUGAACAGUAUUACAAUAAUAUUCUAUGAAGCCUGUUAACGGUAGUAGCCAAAGUCUAACAGGCCUACUGUAAUAAUCAUAAGUAGGCUAAUGCCACUUAACCUAAAAUUACUGACGUUAUCAUGAGCAAACAUGAGAUCUAAUUUUAUACAAACGCUCACAUAACCUUUAAUGUAGUGCAUGUUUUUAUUGUGACAAAAUAAAUGCAACCUGAG